AUGGCGACUCCGGAUGUGAGUGUGCACAUGGAAGAGGUGGUGGUUGUGACAACACCUGACACUGCAGGCGAUGGCAGUGGUGUGGAGGAGGUGAAGACUGUGCUGGUGACAACCAACCUGGCCCCUCACGGGGGUGACCUGACGGAGGACAGCAUGGAAACAGAGAAUGCAGCAGCAGCUGCAGCUGCAGCCUUCACAGCUUCCUCGCAGCUCAAGGAGGCAGUCUUAGUGAAGAUGGCGGAAGAGGAGGGGAGCUUGGAUGCUGAGGUGGUGUACCCCAUCACCUGUGGAGACAGCAGAGCCAACCUGAUCUGGAGGAAGUUUGUGUGUCCUGGCAUCAACGUCAAGUGUGUUCAGUAUGAUGAGCAUGUCAUCAGCCCAAAGGAGUUUGUCCACCUGGCUGGCAAGUCCACGCUGAAGGACUGGAAGCGGGCCAUCCGCAUGAACGGCAUCAUGCUACGGAAGAUCAUGGAUUCUGGGGAGCUGGACUUCUACCAACAUGACAAGGUUUGCUCCAACACCUGCCGAAGUACCAAGAUUGACCUGUCAGGGGCCAGAGUGUCCCUGAGCAGCCCCACACCGGCCGAGUACAUCCCACUCACCCCAGCCACAGCUGACGUGAAUGGCUCUCCUGCAACCAUCACCAUCGAGACCUGUGAGGACCCUGGAGACUGGACCACAGCCAUUGCGGACGACACGUUUGCCUUCUGGAGGGGGCUGAAGGAUGCUGGGCUGUUGGACGAGGUCAUCCAGGAGUUCCACCAGGAGUUGGUGGGCACCAUGAAGGGCCUGCAGCAGCGUGUCCAGGACCCCCCGCUGCAGCUCCGAGAUGCUGUUCUUCUCAACAACAUUGUGCAGAACUUCGGCAUGCUAGACCUGGUGAAGAAGGUGUUGGCCAGUCACAAGUGCCAGAUGGAUCGGUCCCGGGAGCAGUAUGCCCGCGACCUGGCAGCCCUGGAGCAGCAGUGUGACGAGCACCGGAAGCGUGCCAAGGAGCUCAAACACAAGUCCCAGCACCUGAGCAACGUACUUAUGACAUUGACGCCUGUGGCCCUGCCGCCCCCUGUGAAGCGGCCACGGCUGGCACGAGCCACGUCGGGGCCAGCCGCCAUCGCCUCCCAGGUGCUGGCGCCAUCCACACAGAUCUCCCUGACACAGGGCAUGCCCGUCCCCCAGCUGGCGAGUGUGCCACUUGGCAAAAUGGUGUCUGCCCUUCCUGCCCCCACCCUUAGCAAAGGCACUGCACAGGUCCCGCCUGCCAGCGCCCCAGCCUCUCCAUUGCUGGGGGGCUACACGGUCCUGGCCUCCUCAGGCACCCCCUUCCCCAGUGCCGUGGAGGUGCACCCGGACGCAUCCAGUCUCACUGUGCUGAGCACGGCUGCCCUGCAGGAUGGCAGCACGGUGGUCAAGGUAGUGAGCCCACUGCAGCUGCUCACACUGCCUGGCCUUGGUCCCACCAUGCAGAACGUGGCCCAGCUGUCUCCUGGGGGGGGCACGAUUGUGACAGUGCCCACAGGGGCCAUCGAGGGGCCCAUGACUGCCCCAGGGCCUGAGGAGCACACGGCCACCAUGGAGGUGGCCACUGUAGCAGAGGAUCAUGAGCAGAAGUAG